AUGACGGAUGAGAAUGGUAACGGCGCGGGCGCGUCGGUCACGGCGCCGCCUCGGGCGGCCGAAGAUUUUGCUGAUGCGCAAGUUGGCGCGCCGGUGGCCGUUAACCGCGUGGCAAUUCGGUUGCCGCCAUUUUGGCCGGACGAUCCCGAAGUCUGGUUUGGACAAGCAGAGGCGCAGUUUCACGUGUCAGGUAUUAAGGACGACGCCACGAAAUUUUAUUGCGUCGUUGCUCAACUCGAUCACAGGUAUGCCAAAGAGAUUAAAGGUAUUAUUAAGAAUCCCCCAGCUACUGAUAAGUACCCAAAGUUAAAGGCUGAAUUAACUAAGUACCUGUGUGUUUCCCGUCAGCAACAGAUUACCCAGGUGCUGUCUAAUGAGGAACUGGGGGAUCGCAAGCCCUCGCAAUUUCUGCACCAUUUACAACAUUUGGCUGACGGCGGAAUGAACGACGAGUUUAUGAAAAGUAUGUGGAUGAAAAGGUUACCGACGCAUGUUCAACCUAUUUUAAUUUCGCAGGCCUCAGCCAGUUUGGAGGAGCUAGCAGAUCUCGCCGACAGAAUUUGUGAGGCCACGUCACCGUCGCCGCCAUUACACGUUGCGGCCGCGACGUCCGAUUUUGGUGGGCUAUUAAAACGCAUCGACGACCUGACACGUGCACAGUCAAAAUUGCAGUUCCUUAUUGAUACCGGUUCCGACCUCUGCGUGGUGCCACGUGGGAAUUGGCCCGAUGGCAAACCGACUGAGUACAGCCUCACCGCUGCCAACGGCACUCCUAUUCAGACAUAUGGGACCGUCACGCUGCACCUUGACCUGGGCCUACGGCGAGACUUCGUGUGGAACUUCGUGGUAGCUAGCGUAGGCAAGCCGAUCAUCGGAGCAGAUCUCCUCGCACACUAUGGGUUGCUCGUGGACUGUCAGGACGGUAGAUUGAUAGACAAGCUCACCUCUCUCUCCUCAGCAGCCAUACGGAUGAAAUGCGACAUCUCCAGCAUCAAGACGAUUUCCGGUGACAGCGAGUACCACGCCCUGCUGUCAAAGUACUCGCAACUCACCAAACCGUCAGGCAUCACACGUCAAGUGAAGCAUAACACCGUACAUUUUAUCCGUACCUCACCAGGGCCUCCAGUAUUUUCCAGACCACGCCGCCUGGCUCCCGAUAGGCUGAAGGUGGCUAAGGAGCAGUUCGAAGAGAUGGUUAGAGACGGCACCGCUCGUCGCUCCGAUUCACCCUGGGCUUCUGCGCUCCACCUCGCUCCAAAGAAGGACGGCUGGAGACCUUGCGGGGACUACCGCGCGCUUAACGCGCGAACAAUCCCGGACAGGUACCCCAUUAGGCAUAUCGAAGAUUAUGCUCACAGUCUGGCAGGCUGCAAAAUAUUCUCCAAAAUUGACCUAGUCAAAGCUUAUAACCAGAUCCCGGUUUUUCAUGAAGACAUUGCCAAGACUGCUAUAACCACGCCAUUCGGACUUUUCGAGUUUCCUUUUAUGUCUUUCGGCCUAAGAAAUGCAGGACAGACCUUUCAGCGUUUUCUCGACGAAGUACUUCGUGACAUGGAUUGCUGCUAUUCUUAUAUCGAUGACAUUUUGGUAUAUUCCAGAAGCCACAGCGAGCACCUGGAGCGCCUGGAGCAGGUUUUCAAACGCCUGGCAGAGUACGGUCUGCUUAUCAACGAGAGGAAAUGCGUGUUUGGUCAGCGCGAGGCGUUGACGCGCCUCUGCGGCGUACAUCUGCGCCACACAACGGCGUACCACCCAGCGGCGAAUGGGAUGGUGGAAAGGCUCCACCGCACCCUUAAGGCCGCCAUCAUGGCCCACGACGAGAAGAGCUGGACUGACGUGCUCCCCGUCGUGUUGCUCGGGUUGCGGACGGCUUGGAAGGCGGACCUGCGGUGCUCGGCUGCGGAGAUGGUUUAUGGUGAGCCAUUACGGAUCCCGGGUGAGUUUUUCAAUUCUAACACACACCCUCACAACAUGUUGCAGCCAUCUGACUUCGUGUCACGGCUUAAAGAGCACAUUUCUCACCUCAAACCGCAGCCAGCAUCUCAUCACACACCCAAAUCGAUUUUUGUACACGAAGAUCUCAAAACAGCAACAUAUGUUUUCAUUCGCAAGGACGCUGUCCGCCGUUCCUUGGAAAAGCCUUACACUGGAUCACACAAAGUACUCUCAAGAACUGAUAAAACAAUCACAGUAGAAUCGAAUAGAGGACCUGUGACAGUCUCUAUAGAUAGAGUAAAGCCAGCUUUCACUUUAGCCGAGCAAGACAGUCGUCAGCAAGCUGCUGUCCCAUCUUCCGACGCUAAACAGGACCCUGUUAGGAAAACACGUUCUGGUCGCAUUGUCAGAUUUCCUAAUUUGUUUUCCGCAGAUGGACCUUAGCACUCCCAGGGGGGUGAUGUGGCGCAUCACUAAGCGCACAUCACUAGCCGCAAACCCGUCCAGGCGACAGCGGGGUGAAGAAGACGCGCGGAGGGAACCGCCGCGCACCGGCUCCCAGACCGCUGCACGGAGCCUCAGAGCGCAUCCGAUCGCCAUCGACGCCGAACCUGUGCCGCUCUGCCCCGCCGCUCGCGCUUACGCCUACGCAACCUAUUGCUUGUUUGCUAUCGCAUAAAUUCAUAGCG